AUGUCAAGUGACAAUAACAAAAUAACUACUCCUUCCAAUAUUGACGAUUAUUUAAACACUAAGGAUGUCUACACGUGGUCUAUUGAUGAUGUUGUUAAGUGGUAUGAAUUAGUGUACAAAACUACUACUAGCAAUAUUCAUACUAAUAUUUAUCCAGAAUCUGUUAUAGUUAACUUGAGAGAAAAUAAAAUUGAUGGCCCCGUUUUAGUCAAGUUAUCUUUAGAUGAUUGCAAAGAAUUGACAAAUAACGACUUGAAAGACGCUGUGCAAAUGAAACUACAAAUUAAUAGAGCCAUACAGGGAAUCAUAUCAAGAGAUAAACAAAAUAAGAAACUUGCUACAGAAAAUAGUACCAUUUACAAUGAAGAAGAUUUGAUGCUGGUUAAUUUGCAAGCUGUUUAUAGGGUAUUGAGUGAUAAAUUGCAAGAUUUUCAAAGUCAAUAUAAUAAAUUACGAGUAGAUGUUUUGGAAUUAAUUAAGUCAUCGUCUUCAAAUAAUGAACAGAGCAUUAAUGACACUGCUAAUAACCCUAAUACCAAUAAUAAUUCGUCCCCUACGGGUAUACAACAUCAAGAGUCUUUUACUGCUAAAAAUAAUACCAACAUCAUUAUGGCCAAACCACCACAAUUAAUCAGAGGAUCUACUGGAAAUAGUGAUGUUAAAAUAACACCAAUCAAUCCAGUGAUUACAAAAACAUCAGCCGGUGAUAAUAAGCAUAAUAAUAGUAUUGAACCUUUGAAACAAUUGAGGGCAUCAAAGGAAGAUUCCUGUGAAAAAGUACUACGACAUGCAAUGAAAAAACAUAAUUUGGACGACCAAGAUUGGAGGGACUAUGUACUAAUUAUAUGUUACGGAGACAAAGAACGCAUUUUACAUGCUGAUGAAAAACCGGUUACGAUAUUUAAAAGUUUAAAACAGCAGGGAUUACACCCUGCCAUAAUGUUAAGACAGAAAGAUGACGAAUAUUUUGUAACGUCUAAUGGUGGAACUACCGGGAUAUCGGGAUCUAAUCCAGAUAUAACACCUGGGGGAAGAUUAUAA